AUGCGCAAAGUACCUUACAACUCCUUGAAGCGCGGAAUCGCGACUUCAGCCCGCCGAGCGUCGACGGCGACCGGAAAUCCGUCUACUGUGCAGGUCACGACAUUGCCCAACAAAUUCCGCGUCGCGACUGAGCAGACGCCGGGUCACUUCUCCUCUGUCGGACUUUAUGUCGAUACUGGUUCGCGGUUCGAGACGCCGGCAACGUCUGGUGCCAGUCACUUUCUCGACAGGAUGUCGUUCCAAAGCACAUCCCAGCGGACGGCGGAGGAGAUGUCAGCACAGGUCAAUUCACUAGGUGGACAGAUAAUGUCCACCGCGUCACGGGAAACGAUCAUGUAUCAGUCGACACACUUCCCACAGGCAACGCCCCUGGCAGUCGAUCUCAUCGCGGACACUGUCCAGCGCGCGUCAUUCACGCCAGAAGAGGUCGAGGCGCAGCGCGAUGCAGCGCGCUACGAGAUCCGCGAAGUGAACCAGAAGCCCGAGCUGAUCUUGCCGGAGGUGCUACACGAAGUUGCGUAUGGAGCGCAAGGACUGGGCAACCCCGUCUUGUGUCCGGAACACAGGAUAGACCUCAUCGACAGCACACUGCUCAAGCGCUUCCAGCAGCAGUGGUACAGGCCGGAGCGGAUGGUCUUGGCUGGCGCCGGCGUCCCGCAUGAAGAGCUACUGGAGCUCGCGCAUAAACACUUCUCUGAGCUCAAGACAGCACCCGCACCCGAACCGCCGUUACAUGCGUCAGCACGGGCACCCGGCACGGAACGCGUUGCCCCACAUCUGCUGGGCUCAACUCCCCCAUCUCCUUCCAUGCUGCAGUCACUAUCGCGUGCCGCAUCAUACUUGUCAGGCGCAGUGCCCGAAGCCACGCCUCACGUUACAACAAGUGGCUACACUGGCGGACAGCGCUUCGUCUACGAUCCCGACGCGCCAUUGAACCAUAUUUACAUCGGCUUCGAGGGCGUCGGCAUCCUUGAUCCGGACGUCUAUGACCUCGCGACCAUGCAGGUCCUCCUUGGCGGUGGCGGCUCGUUCAGCGCGGGUGGACCGGGCAAGGGCAUGUACAGCCGCUUGUACACGCAUAUCUUGAACCACCACACGCUCGUCGACCAUUGCGCGAGCUUCAACCAUAUAUACGCGGACAGCAGUUUAUUCGGUCUCUUCGCGAGCUACUUCCCCGAGGGCGGACGUAAGGGCGGCGUCCCAUACAUCCUCCCGCACUUGGUGCACCAGCUCAGUUUGCUGCUAUACCGCCACACGCCGCAAGCCGAGCUUCAGCGCGCGAAGAACCAGCUGAAGAGCAUAUUGGUCAUGGCGCUCGAGAGCCGUGCAGUGGAGGUCGAGGAUCUUGGACGUCAAUUGCUCGCGCAGGGCCGCAAGGUCAGCGUGGAGGAGAUGUGCGAGAAGAUCGACGCUGUCACCCCGGAAAGCAUGCAGGCCGUGGCGACGCGUGUAUUCGGGCCCAAGUACGGGAGCAAGCCCACGAUUGUCGCGAUGGGCCGCGAGGACCUUGGAGACUGGGAGGCGACGUUCCGCAAGUACGAUGUCGGCGUCUUGUAG